GUCAGUGACAGUCGCACUCUACGUUUUCAUUUCGCGUUAAAACAGAAAACUACAUGUGGCGAUAAGUGGAGUGAUUCAUUUGUAAACAUAUUUAUCAGCACAUAAUGAUAAGCUUUAAACAAUUUGGCGGUAAAUUUGGUAGAAAUAAUGUUAAUGGAAGAUAUUGUUCUAAUAAAACUAUCAUCCAAGGGUAAUUGGGUAACAUGAAUUUCAUGUUCAGACUGACAUCAUGUCGCUUGCAGAAUCCACAACAAAACCAAUCUUUCGAAGACACCUUUUAUCUAUCACGUGAAGUGGAAUGGGGGUGCCAUGGGUCUCACAAGUGCGGCUAUUGCACUUAAUAAUACUAGGAAUCACGACAGCAUCGCUGGUAAUGUAUGUAGUGUACAUGUCGACUCCUCAACCGCGUACGACUGCAUCUCCGGUAUUGUUACCAGUAUCACUUGAAUUCCACACGCCACACGUGAACGGCACGACCCAGGAUAAUUCAGCACUGAAAAAUGACACUUCCGUACCAGUAGCAAACAAAAACACCUCAUCGGAAAUUCCAUCCUUACUAUCCUUCAGUAAUUCUUUGCAGUCCGAUUUAACGCGAGGAGUUCCCGCCGAAGUCAUUUACGAAUCUGGUCAUUCUCCUACCAAUGAACAUAUAUGCCAAGAGAAAGGUAAACAUUUGCAACUUCUAAUAAUCAUCACAUCCGCACCUUCGCAUGAUAACGCUCGCAUGGCUAUAAGGCAGACGUGGGGACAUUUUAGUGCGAGAAGAGACGUAUCGAUUGUCUUCAUGUUAGGUGCAACGAAUAAUAUGAAUUUUCACGACAAGAUCGAAAAAGAACAUUUUAUGUACGAAGACAUUAUACAGGGAAAAUUUAUAGACACUUAUGAAAACCUAACUCUUAAAUCUAUAUCUAUGCUGGAAUGGGUAAAGGACAAUUGUCCACAAGCAGACUAUGUACUUAAAACGGACGACGACAUGUUUAUUAAUAUACCUCGCUUACUUACGUUUAUAUCGAAGCAUAAUCCCGAGACACGCGCGAUUUAUGGACGUCUUGCGAAGAAAUGGAAACCAAUUCGAAAUAAAAAGUCCAAAUAUUACAUAUCGCCUCAGCAGUAUAAACCGGCAGUAUUCCCGGACUUUACAACAGGACCUGCUUAUCUGCUACCUGCCAGAUUAUCGAAAGAGUUGUAUCACUCCUCACUUAAUCAUACUUAUUUCAAAUUGGAGGACGUAUUUUUAACCGGUAUUGUAGCGAACGAUUUAAAAAUUAAAAGAAUUCAUGUUCCUGAGUUUCUUAAUAAACGAGUUUCUUUAGCUCCGUGUAGCGUUCAACGUGGUAUUAGCAUUCAUAUGGUGAAAGGAAGCGAACAAUUUGAUUUAUGGAAGAAACUGCUGGAUGGUCACGCAAAAUGCAAGUAGAUCUGUGUUUUUUUUAUUGUUGUUUAUAGACAUCUAGAAAUUAUUUUACAAUCUAAGUCAAGUACGUUUAUUUAAUUAAGGCAGCAAAGAGUAGUGAGAUUGAAAUAUUUGUUUUAUAGUUUUAUAUAUUUUUUUUAUGAGAUAUGUAUUUAAAGAGUCUACAUGACAAAUAUUUUUAUGUAAUCUCACUUUAAGUGAUAAAAUCGAAUUGCGCUUUUGCUGGGUGACACGCUCUGAAUUGGUAGACUGCGUAGACUUAAAAUUAAAAGAAAACAGCGGCAUUUACGUGCCCAAAAUUUAUUUUUCUACAUGCGAUGUUAAGAUUUUUAUAAUGAAUUUUAAACAUCUAAACUAUUAGUCGUAAGCACACUAAGUUAAGUUAUAGCGAUGCCAUAUUCUUUCUCGAAUUUGAAAUGCAAUUUCAUUUCAUCAAAAGCUAGUCACCAAAUCAGUGCAAUUGACGUUAUACCAGUGAAAAGUAAAACAGUGGGCGCUGCUAGAUAUUAGUAGAUAUUUAUUCAAUAAUUAAUAGCGAUAAGUAGACUUUUUAAUUAAGCAACAAGCAUCUAUAUAUUUUUUAAUAUAUAAACCACAAUUUUGUUUGUGUAAUAGUAAAUAAAUAUCCUCAAAGGUUACACAUUAACUGUGAUUGUAAUAAAAAAAUAAAACAUCUAAAUCUCCACAUGUAAUACUCAAAUUUGCUCAUAUUGAAUUCCUAACACAAGAUUUUAUUAUCCCUGUCUGAUUCAUGUUCCUUGCAGAUAAAUAAAGCUGUCCAAAAAC